ACGCAGAUGGAAUAAUAUUUAUUUUGGAAAAAAAAACAUUUUAAUUUGUGGAUAUAAUUAAAGAAUAGCCGUUUUACUGCUAAAAAUGGAUACCCAAUUAGUGGAGAAGAUUGUCCAUGAAGUAAAGUCCCAAGGUGUUUUCGAUGAAUUUCGCAAAGAUUCAAUGGCAGAUGUGGACACUAAACCAGCCUAUCAGAAUCUCAGACAGCGCGUGGAAAACACAGUGAAAAAAUUCUUAUCCGAACAAAAAUGGACUCCUGAAACGAAUAAAAAUCAAUUGAGAGAAAAGUUAAGGAGGCAUAUAACCGAAUCGGGCUUUUUGGAUGUGGGCGUUGAACGUAUAGUGGAUCAAGUAGUAAAUCCCAAGAUUGGGAGUGUAUUUCAGCCUCGCAUAGAAGAGAUAGCUUACAAAUAUUUAGGUUUGCCACCACCACCCAAAAAGUUUGAACCACCGCCACCACCUCUAAUGCAUCCUUUGCCGCCAUUGCCUUUGAACGCUCCACCACCACUUAAAGUGGAAACCUGCAGUUUGCUGCCCACCGAUCUGGAGCAGGUUAGUCCCGAUUCGGACAAUGGUACUGUUAAGUCCGAGAGCAAAGAUGACAGAACAACAGUUGAUAUGGACACGGAGGAAAAACUUCUAGAGGACGAGGAUGAAUCUCCGCCAUUUGAGCCGUUGGUAAAGCAGGAAGCGGAGGAAACUAAAGACGCAGUUAAAUUAGAGGAAAAUAUAAACAUCAAACAAGAAUGCGAUGAAUCAUCAUUCGAUGAAAAAACAAACAAAUUUGAAGAAAGUAAUGAUGCGGUGAUCAUCAAGACUGAAAAUAUGGCCACCGAUAACGACAGUCAGGAGACGAGCAAUUUUGCUACAGAAUCAACAGGAGUAGACAAAGAGGCCAGUCAGUCGGUGGAUGCUAGAAUCUCACAAGAUUCGCAAUUGUCUAGUGUUUCUAGCGAUUCCCGUUUAUCGGUAAAUGGCAAAGAAGAUUAUUUGCAAAGCAGUUCCCAAGAAGCGGUUGCAGCCAAUAUAUCGGAGGAGGCUCAAAUGCCAAAAUUCAAUGAAAACUCUUGUGAGCCUAGUGCCACGAAUGGCAAUGCAAGUGAAAAAGUUUCACCAAAGUCAGAAUUACACUUCGAUAUUAAAAAAGACGAAAUUAAAUUCGAAGGUACUGAACGUAAAACUAUUUUAGAAACACCUGAGCCGACUGCAGUUAAAUCUGAAGAGGCAACAGCUUAUUUGCCGGAGGCAGAAGUGACCCCUUCGUCGGACACCAAAAAUGAUUCAUUCAAAUUUAAUGCAAACAAAUCGAAUCUGGAAGCUAAGGAAGAGGAUUAUGAACCUACAUCUAAUGCACAAGAAUUAAGCUUUAGCUCAAGCAUAGAAGACUCAUCAUCAGUACCACCCAAUCAAACACCAAAAGUACCUACACUGAAUAAAGAAAAAGAUGAAUCACCCCUAAUGCAAACACCGAAACAAGCAAUACGUCCUAGCACACCAACAACCACACCCAUACCUACACCUCCUUUACCCACUCCCACAGCCACGCCAUCACCGGUGGCAUUACAAAAACCAGAUAAAGACCAUCAAAGUAGGCAUUCAUCUUCAUCCUCUUCGAAGCACAAAAAACACUCAAAAGAACACAGAAGAUCUUAUGAACGAGAAAAGGAGAAAGACAGCAGGGAUCGCCAUCGUUCUAGCAAAGAUCCAAAGGAAUCAUCUAAAUACCACCACUCCAGCAGUGGCAGCAAAAGUACUAGUAAACAUUCUUCGUCAUCCUCAUCCAGUAAAUAUUCAUCGUCACACAAUAAAUCCUCUGAGAAAGACAUAGAGAAAUCUUCUUCAUCCUCUACGCAUUCCUCCUCGAAACAUAUAAAACAUUCACACUCACAUUCCUCUUCGUCGUCAAAUGAAAAUCCGGAUUCUAAAAAGUCUAAACGCGAUUCAGAUAGACGUCAUCAUUCUUCCACGUCUUCGUCUUCAAAACGCAACGAAAGAAAGGAUGAUCAUGCUGAAGCUAAACAAAAGACACAACGACGUAAAUCUACCGAUUCUAAUGAUGAUGGAGAUAAAAGUAUGGGAGGUGCUAAAUCUAGUUCACAAUAUAAAUCCAGCUAUUCAAGUUCGUCCCAAAGCAAAUCGUCUAAAACAAAAUCUAACAGCAGUGACACAAAUAAAGCAAAUGAUACACAAAAGGAUCAGUUGGAAGUGUUAGAAGUAAAUGAGCAACCUGCAAAUAAAACCCCUAAUUAUCCUAACAAUGUUGUGAUUUUAAAUGAUCUUUUAGAAAAUCCCCAAACACAAUUUAUACAGCUUAACAAUACAGGUGGACACUUGGUGGAAAUGCCAGUACAACAGCAACAGUCACCUUCAACUGAGACAGACAGCAACAAACCCAUUACUGCUGAAUUUAAUAAUAAUGAACCUUUUGCUCCCUCUAAGGAGGAGCAAAAACCAGCAGAGAAAGAACCAAGUUCUUUGGAUUUAUUAUACUUUGACGACAUUCAACUUAAUCUCACAGAACGUCUUGAACUGCUCAACGCUACCAUGGACUUGUGUCGCAGUGCAGUGAAUAGUUUACGUUUUGAUUCGCUCAGCGACGAAGGUAUAGAAUUAUCCAACGAGGAGGAUGUAAAUAGCGAUAACAAUAAAACAAGUUUGCUAACGGAAUCGCUGAAAAGAAAAUCAGAUUACAAUUAUGCUGAAUUUGAGACAACGCCACGCAAGCGUGUGAUAUCGAAUGGAAGUGCAGGUUGCCAAUCAAAAACAUCACCCACCCCAUCGGACACUAGCAGUGUUAACUCUAAGGAAAAUGAGGAAUUCCAUAAGAAUACCAAUCAUGCCAAAAAAUCUUUAUUAGAUCGUCAUAAGGCCGCCCAAAAACUAAACCAACAGCAACGUUAUUCCAGUGAAGAUUUGUACAAACCCAGACCGAUUUUAGGUCAACGUUCUCGUCGUAGAGGCAUGGAUUCUUUAGUUUAAAAUUAAUUUAGAUUUACAAAUUGCAAUUGAAUUUAAAGUUCAAUAUGUCUUUAAUUAUUAAAUACAAUGUACUUACUUAUUUUGUAUUAGUUGUAUGUAUAUGAAUUUAUUUUUAUAUAAUUAUUAAGCAAUUACAUACAUAUUAUUGUAUACAUAGUUAAGAAGUUUAAUAAAUAUGAAUUAUGCACGUGAUGUAAAUAUGAAAUAAAUUCUUCAGACUAGAUAAGAAAUUUCGCAUUUGAAACCAGAGAAAUAUAAAUGUUUGCUAAAAAUAAA